UCCAAUUAUCGCCUCUGUCUCCACACGAACGCAACACAGCCCGGUUGCAUACGGGUUGCUAUAUUUCAUGUAUUUUUUUUAAUCGGCUGCCGCGAAGAAGAACGUAACCGUGCGUUUUUGACAUUAAAACAGCUAUAUACUCAUAACGGACCCCUUUUCAAGCGGAGACCGUGCGUCUGUCCCGCGGUGGUCUCUUUCACACGAUUCACACGAGCUGUAUUUCAGUACUGUAACGUUAUGUGGGAAAUGACCACAGCUCAACACUGAGGAAUUAUAAAGGAAUAAACCGCAUUCUUCAAAUCAUGGAAAAAUUAGAGUGAAUUACAUUUCGUUCAGGUGUGGUGGCAGUGAGACAGGAUGCCGCUGGUGAAGCGCAGCAUCGAGCCGCGUCACCUGUGUCACACGGCUGUGCCGCACGCCAUUAAAAAUGAACUGGAGUGUGUGACCAACAUCUCGCUCGCCAACGUCAUCCGACAGCUCAGCAGCCUCAGUAAAUAUGCGGAGGAUUUGUUUGGAGAGCUCUUUAAUGAAGCACAUUCCUUCUCCUUCCGAGUGAACGCGCUUCAGGACAGAGUCGACCGGCUGUCAAUCAGUGUCACUCAACUCGACCCUAAAGAAGAGGAGUUGUCUCUUCAGGAUAUCACCAUGAGAAAAGCUUUCCGCAGCUCCACCGUUCAAGAUCAGCAGCUGUUCGAGCGUCAGUCUCUGCCAAUCCCCAUGCAGGAGACCUAUGACGUGUGCGAGGAGCCGCCGCCCCUCAACAUUCUCACACCCUACAGGGAUGAUGGGAAGGAGGGUCUGAAGUUCUACACCAACCCAUCAUAUUUCUUUGACCUGUGGAGAGAGAAGAUGCUGCAGGACACUGAGGACAAGAGAAAAGAGAGGAGGAAACAGAAGUUGCAGGAUCUCCACAUGUAUGAUCAGGUCUAUAAAUAUUUAGACCUUCCCGUGCAGCUGAAGAACAUCGACAGGCCUCAUGAUCUAGAGAAAGUCCCGCGAGCUCCUCACGAUCGUAAGAAGGAUUGGCAGAAGAUGGCGUUAGGGGCGGAGCUUGCUGACGAUGACAUGGAUGACAAACACAAAGACACCAACGGCUCCAGGCAGGUGUAUAUCGAUCAUUUGGACGGGUCGUUCUCUCUGGCGGCUUUACCGUACUCACAGAUGAAUGAACUUCUGAACCGGACGGGAGACAGAGCGUACGGACGCCCACAUGAGCCGCCUCCUCCUCCACCCACAUAUCCACCUGAUAUCAAACCAGCCUCUGUACUCAGUUCCAGCUCAGGUUUCUCCGACAGCAUCACGCAGUCUCCGGCACGCACGCCAGUCUUCCUCAAUCCAAAUGCCCCUCCCCCAGCUCCUCCGCCUUUGCCCCCGCCCCCUCCACCUCUCCCCGCCACCGCUGGCCUAUCAGGUUCCAGAAUGCGAAGUACAGCCCCUCUCGCCAUUGCCCCCCUCCCGUCACAGCAGCCUCUUGCUAUCCCCCCUGCUCCCGCCCCCCUCCAGAUCGCCCCUGGUGUCCUACACCCCGCCCCCCCUCCAGUGGCUCCACCCCUUCACUCGUCACCUGCCCGCAUGCUGCAGGACAAAGGCCCGCCCACCAGCGGAGAUGGAGCUGUUCUGCCUCCGCCCCCUCCUCCUCCUCCUCUGCCACUGCAAGGCAACAGAAGCCCCUCCCAUCCCUCAGGCACGCCCAAGAUGCCCUCCUUCCCUCCGGGAGCCGUGUCUUCACCGCCCACCUAUUCGGGUCACGAGGUCAAGAGGUAUCCUUCCAACCUGCCGCCAAUCACCGACGCCCGCAGCGUCCUAUUGGAGGCCAUCCGUAAAGGUAUUCAGUUGAGGAAGGUGGAGGAACAGAGGGAACAGGAGGCCAAACACGAGCGUGUGGGCAAUGACGUGGCCACCAUCCUCUCUCGCCGCAUCGCCGUGGAGUACAGCGACUCUGAGGACGAAUCUGAGUUUGAUGAAGUCGACUGGAUGGAAUGACAGAAAGAUCUCCGUUCAAUCUCUUCAGGAAACAUCAAGACUGAUGUCACAUGUUCCCAGAAUGCUUUGCUUUCACCUUAUUUCUAACCACAUAUUCCACCAUAUUCUUUCAUUUUCAUUCUGUCGUUAACAGCAGAGAUCUCGUCAGAUCAACUCAACUCCUGCUUUUCAUAGUUUUAAUAUCAAUAUCAUUACAGCACUUCUCACGGCUUCUCGGACGGUUCUGAUGGGGGAAAACAUGAAAGAAUCUCAGGAUGAAUCUCAUGGAAACUCACAAACACACCCGGGACACAUUUCAUUCCAAAAAAACUGAGAAGAAAAAGAAAGAAAUCAAGCAUAUUUUAAGGCCAUUAAGAAUUUUUGCAUUGUGACAUUUUCAUCAUAAAAUGAUCAAAAAACAUAAUACAGUACUGUAUCAUAUGGAUUAAAACAGACAAACAUUGUUUUCUUAUUCUCGCCAUUCAGAAGUGAGUUCUGUGGUAAAUAUGAUCACAGCCGUGAUGAAAUAAUGUCACAAUGCAAAACUGUAUGGGUCAUUUUCAUGAGGAGUUGAGGAGCUAUUUUAAGACGUGACUGUACUUUUCAAACAUUUCCUAUAAGUGUCUAGUGUGAUGGAUCAACUGUAAUUUAUUCCAUUUAAAAAAGUUUGCCAAAACAUAAAACCAGAGAUUGUCCAUGACAUUAUGUCUCAUGUUUGAAAGCUGACCGUCUGUUCGUUGAUGUCCAGUCUGAAUGAACUCACGUUCUCUUUUUUCUGCCUUACGGUUUUGUAUAAAUGUUGAGGAGUUGAAUGUAUUGUUCUCUGACUUCUGCCUGCAUUUCCCAGCAUUCGCUGUUUCUAUGUUUUAAACCAGAAAAAACCAACAGAAAGAGAAGUGAAACAUGAUUUAAAAUACUGUAAGCCGUGUAAUGUAUGUAACUGUUUGCUCGAAUGAAUAAAAACUCAACUUUAAGGUUCUGACAGUGUGACGGGAUGAUUACUUUACUGUAAAAACAUAUCUGUCAACAGAACAACUAAACAGUUUUCUGAGGACAUGUAUAAUAUAUGAAGAGUUUGGUUCCAAAAUGAGAUGCGUCCGUGUUUAAAAUUCAUGUUUUUUAUUGUGCGUUCCAAUUAAUAUCAAUCAAACUGCAGUUGGUGUGUUUUGAUUUAAGCCACAAUAACUCAAAAAAUACAGCUAACUAACAGAAUAAAAACAUGCUAACAUCAUAAAAACGGAGUUAUCUCAUGUUGGAACCAAACUCUUCAUACAGUCUACUUUAUACAGACAGUAAAUGGCAUGUUUGUAAAAACUCGCAUGAUAUAUUUUCACAGGGAUGCGUUGCAGUGUGUCAGAUGGCCUGUGGGGGUCGCUGCAGCGUUACGCAAUAACAACACAACGCUGAUGUUCUGCAUUCAAUCUGUGUGACGUGUGACGAAUACAUUGAACAAAUAAAACAGCAGAGCAGGCGUGAACAGACAUAA